AUGUCAAAGGUCAAACGGCCUAGAAAUGAGGAUGCUGCAUGGAUAUCCGAAAGUCCUAAGAAGUCGAGAAAUCCUGCCACCACUAUUGGAAGAAAUCCAUCUAGUGCCAGAAAUCCAUCUAUUGCGGGAAAUUCAUUACCUGUCGGAAUUUCGUCCAAACAGAGACUUACUUUUCAUUCAACUGUAGGAAGUUUGUCGGCCGGAAAACAUGUGUCAGUGAGCGCAACCAAAGCAAGCCAUGAGAGCCCAGUGUCAGUCAGCGAGUGGCAAACUUUACCCGUAUUUGCUCAUCAGCGUAGUAUUAUCAAUGCUGUUAAGACAAAUGAUCUCGUCAUAUUAGCAGGAGAUACGGGAUGUGGUAAGACCACUGGGAUAGGGCAUUUGCUGCUAAAGAACCAUUUGAAGCGCUAUGGCAAACCUCCCAAAAUAUGCAUAACUCAACCCAGACGGGUAGCUGCUAUUGCGUUGGCACAGCGCGUGGCAAAGGUUGUUGAAAGUGACCAACAGAUAUCGCAGCUUUAUGACGUGGCCCACCAGAAGAAUCCUAGGAUCAAGAAGCCCAACUGGAACGUGGGGGGGAUAGUUGGCUACAGGGUCCGUCAUGAUGACAAGGUGUCCUCUCAAACGGCUAUAAGCUUCGUUACCGAUGGCUUGCUAAUUCGUGAAGUGAUAAUGCACUCUAAUGGUAUGCGGGAUACGCAAUCGAAGGAACGUUCGAAGCAGAAUGAAACAAUGGAGGACAUCUCUAUUUCCAAGAACAUCAAGUACGACUAUAUUGUUAUAGAUGAGGCACACGAAAGAUCCAUACGGAUUGAUUUGUUGCUGGGUUAUAUACGACUUGUCCUAGCCAGUGGAAUGGGUAAGUUCAAAGUGGUUAUCAUGAGUGCUACUAUGGACAUAGACACUCUCCACAAGUUCUUUAGAGGGCCGCGUAACGUAGGGCCGCCUAACGUAGGGCCGCCUAACGUAGGGCCGCCUAACGUAGGGCCGCCUAACGAAGGGCCGCCUAACGAGCGUUUAGUUAAGUGUGAUAAUUCCUCGAGUCGUCAGCCGAACGAGAGUCAUCUGUCCUCAAGGAUUAGAAUGGACUUUGUGGCAAUCCCCGGUCGUACGUUCCCCGUUACAGCACUGUUUGCAACUCAUGCAUUUGAGGAUAUCGUGUCGGCGUGUGUCGCUAGUGCAAUUCGAAUAAUUACGGAAACCGAUGAAGGAGACAUACUGAUAUUUUUGCCGGGUACUGAGGAUAUCAAUUCAGUAUGCCAAGGCAUAGAGAAGGGGAUCGAAGAACUCAGGGAUUGUCAACUGGCCUACAAAUCGAUCGAGCGCGCUAUUGUCGGAUUAUCUCAGAAUAGGGAGGAUUACCGUAAAUUGUUGGAGGCGGAAGAUCCUAGUGAGUGUCUUCAACAGCUUUAUGGUGGGUCGAAUAGAACUCAAUUUGGCGAACAGACGACGAUGCAAAUUAAGCGGUUCCUGGAAGAGAGUCCGAUUUCAGUGAGCGCAGCUUCGGUGAGCUGUCAGACCAGACGAGGUGACGACUAUACCGCCAAGUUCCACUUAGCGGAGUCAAUCGUGGUACUUCCGCUGCACGCAUCCCUUACUGGAGAGCAGCAAAGCCGCGUAUUUCACCUAUCUCCACCGGGCGGCCGUAAAAUCAUAGUUGCUACCAACAUUGCCGAAACGUCGGUGACGCUCCCUCAAGUGCGGUACGUGAUCGACAGUGGGUUGGUGAAACAGAGGAGAGGCGACACUCUGAGGGUCGAGCCGGUGAGUCAAGCGAUGGCGCUGCAGAGGACCGGCCGCGCAGGACGCGUGGCAGCUGGCAUGGCACUACGGUUAUUCACUGAAGACAGCUUUGAUAAACUUGAGGCCCAGAGCGCGCCCGAAAUCCAACGAAGUCAUUUGGAAGACUAUGUUCUAUGGCUGAAGGCUUGUGACAUGGUUCAAGUCCCUCGUAACAACGGCGACGGAGAUACGGCCAACGCCAAUGGCAUCAACGCCAAUGGCAUCAACGCCAACGGCAUCAACGGCAAUGGCACGAAUGAUAAUGACGCUAACGGCAACCAUUAUGGUGCGUUACAGAGAUUGCUGGGGGCUCAGGAUGUCAGGGAUCUAGUGAUGAAAUUUCCAGUCCCAAGUCCUCCUGCAGUUUCUGAAGUGGACCGGAGUAUCAACACAUUGAAAACAAUAGGAGCCUUGGAUAAAUCUUGCUCUCAUCUCUCUAGAAAAGGGUAUUUAAUUAGCAAGCUGCCUUUGUCAGUAAUGUGGGCAAACUGCCUGGUUGACACUCUGUUCAAUGAUCCUGAGUGCUUAGGGAUAAUGAUUAUUAUCGUAGCCAUGUGUUCGAGCGAGUACAACUGGUUCGACAAGACCACCGAACAUGAUUUUCGAGUGGUAGUGGCUCGACAAGCCAUUAUGGACCCGGUAUCGGACCAUAUCGGAUGGUUGUCAUUGUAUUGGAACUGGUCCAAGGCGUUUGACAAAAGGGCCUUCUGCAAAUUGGUCAGAGUUGAUGAAAGGCUAUUACGACGAACAUCCAUGACCGUCGACCAAUUACGAAACAUUAUCCUGAAGGACGCAGACUUCGGCUGCCAGCACCAUAUAGUGGACCUGAUGGAACGGAAAGCCAGCGGCAUAAUAAACCAUGAGGAAAUCGUACAACGGGCUUCCAGAUGCCUUUUGAGAUCCUUACCCAUGAACAUUGCCGUCAAAAGGGACGUCGUGCAGGACAACAAAGAAUUCGCUGAAGUCACCUACGUUAACUCAAUCACCAAGGAAAAACUGUUUAUCCACCCCAGCAGCUCCAUGUUUCUGUUCAACACGAAACGACCAGAAUUUCUCGUGUAUUCUUCCGUAGUUGAGACAAGCAAAGCAUAUAUGAGAGACGUCACAGCAAUCAGCCCCGAAAUUGCCGCAGAAGUCCACAGCGUUAUAAAUCACCCGAAGCCUUCUCCACACAGGCGUUAG